UCAUUUGCCAUCGGCUAUCAUUACGCAUGUACAGUUUUGAAACUUUUGGCGCCAUUUCUCACCAUUGUUUUAUACAAGUUCAAAUCGAAUUAGUUCGAUUGAUACUGGAAAAAAAUGAAAUCACAAGAAGAUUUUGUUGUUUCUAAUGAACCAAAAAGUUCAAAACGAUAUAAAAAUGAUUCUUACUUUUUCAACGAAUCAUUCAAUAAAUCUAGAAUUUAUAAUCUGGAGUAUCGAAAGAAACCAGCAGAAUUGGUACGAAAAGAUUUAAUAUCAGCCAUGAAAUUGCCCGAUCAUGAAUUAUUAAAUCGUGAUGAUUACCUUCUCAUUCUUGAUUCUUGGCGUGAAGAAUGGGAAAAAGGAGUACAAGUCCCGGUAAAUCCGGACACAUUGCCUCAUUCCGUGGUUACUCACGACGAUCUACUUUCAUCAAGCAGUAAAGAAUUCAAUCUCCCUAAAGAAUGGAUAACUGCUACAGAUAAUCCUGAUGAUAAACGCCAUACAUCUAGCUAUGAACUUGAUUUACAAGAUAUAUGUUGGCUUCAAACCGUUCGAGAAUCGGAUCUCGAUUUAGAUUUAUCGGAAAAUUUCCUGGAAAAAGUUAUCGACCUAUUCGAGCAACAUUGUGCUCUAAAUAUCAAAGAUCGUCAAGUGGGCAUUGAAUAUGAUGAACAUAUUGUGUGUGAUGUUUGUCAAAAUCCAGAUGGUGAAGAUGGAAAUGAAAUGGUUUUCUGUGAUCUCUGCAAUAUAUGUGUACAUCAAGCCUGUUAUGGUAUCGAUAAAAUUCCCGAUGGUGAUUGGCUUUGUAGACCUUGUCAAGAAUUAGGUACAAAUAAGAGAAAAGCUCUUUGUGUAUUGUGUCCAAACGUUGGUGGUGCAUUAAAACCUACGACCAAACAAAAUAAAUGGGCACACGUGUCCUGUGUAUAUUGGGUACCUGAGGCCAAAUUCCUUGAUUGUAAUUUACUCGAACCUAUUGAAAUUAAGUCGAUUCCAAAUUGGCGCUGGAAUCUAAUUUGUUCACUUUGUAAUAUUAGGAAAGGUGCACCCAUCAUUUGUGCGAAAAAUUGUCGCUGCUCAUAUCAUGUAACCUGUGCAUUCAAACACAAACUAAAAAUGAAAAUUGUUUUGACUGAUGAGAAAUCUGGUAUUCGAUUGAAAUCAUAUUGCGAAAAACAUUCAAAAGCAUAAAAUGGCAAUGAAACUGACGAACAAGAUGAAUUAAAUGCGGAGCAAUGUGAAUUUUGGAAAUAUAUCGAUGUCUACCAAAUUUGUCAAGAGAUCUCUCAAAUUUAUAAUUAUAAUAACGGUAGCAUCGUAGAGAACAAUAGUGAAAACUUUUCAGUCGUAAAAAACUAUUCUGUUAAUCAAACAUCAUUAAAUCAGAUUGUCCAGAUAAUUUAUGAAUAUUGGAAGUUGAAACGUUUAGCAAACUAUGGUAAUUCAUUGAUCAAAAUGACUUUCGAAGAAAAAUUCCAAGAACAAUUAAAAUAUCACAAAAAUCGAAUACUUUUAUUCCGUUAUCAUCUGGAAAGAUUACGAACAUUAACUUAUAUGGUGUGUAGACGUGAGAAAAUCAAACAGAAUUGGUUGAAUACACAACGUGAGAUUUUUGAAACAACCUUAAAUAUUAUUGAGAAUCCAGAUUUUUCUGUUCAUUCACAUGACAAAAAAAUUAUAUCAAUGGAGCAUCAAAAACUAUUUUCCAAGAUAAUAUCACAUCAUUCAAUUUAUUCGAAAAAAUUGUUUUCCAAAGCAACGGAUCAAAAUUCAACAGAAAAAAAUCCUGCAACGCAACUGGGCAACACUGAUAGCGCCGAAAAUAUAGAAGAUACAACGUUGCAAAUUUCAUCAGUCAUCAAAAAGAAGCGUAAAUCUCCCGAAAAUUCAAUAACCAAUAGUUUGCUUAAAGAAAUCAAACGUUUAAAACGAUCGCCGAUUUCCAAACAGAAUCCAUAUGCAAGAGUGUAUUUAAAUUCGACAAAAUCAAGAAAGCUAAUCUUACCAAACGGUAGUAAUCUGAAUGAAGAAACAGGGUUAGAAACAUACAUCAGUGAGGAUCAUGGUAGUCCAGUCGAUUCUAAAAAAUCACAAUUUAAUGAUGGUCAAAUUCUCCAAAAACAUUUGUCGGAAAAUGAUAUAUUGAACCAAGCGAAUGAUUUCACGCCAUCUUUGCAAUGUUCGGAUGAGAAUGGCAAAAAAUAUAUGCAUACUAAGCUACAAAAACCGAUUGUUGGUAUUUCAAUGAAUAGUGACGAAAAUGAAAAUAUAAAUUCCAGUGAAAAAAUCCCUAAAACAAAUGGCGAUAUUGUUAAUCAUCAUUUUUCUCCUGUAUCAAAAAUGUCCGAUUGUCAGAUGAUAAUUAGAGUGGGGAUCGAUGAACGCUUACCGUUGUCACAGAAUGGUAAUAAUAAUAAUGAUCAUCAUCACUACAAAAAACUUAGACAUCAUGAUCACCAGGAUUCGACCGAAACAUCGUCUUUAAGUAGAAAAUAUCCGCUUCGAAAUAAAGUUAAAUAAAUUGUAUUUUGUUGUAAAUAAAAACAUUAAAAAUUAUUAUCAAAUCAA